UGAAAUCGGCGACGAUUCGCGCGACACACCGACUUUUAGCUUUUGUUUUGUAUCGGAUAUACUUGCGAUUCGCUAGCAUUGCGUGCUGUUAGAACUCACAGAUGCUCCAAUCGUUUAUAGUACAAUACACAUUUUAAUCAAAUGGCCUCAUUCUAAGAAAUAAUUAGCAUAGUUGCAAACAAAUGCUUUUAGUAUUUUUGUGCGACAGUAUAAUUUCACUGACAGACGAAAAGUUGUUUUUUUUACAUUCGUAAACAAUGAAAUUCAGCCUCGUUUUGGUGUUGAUCUCGUCGAGUCGAACGUUAUUUACGGAAUGUGGUCGUCCAACGAAAGAAGAUGUAACAAAGAGUAAAAAAAUUAUUCAAGCUGUUCCAGAAAAUGAAAGGACGACCUUCGUAGCUUACGCACUGGGUCAAGGCUACAUGCAAGAAGUAGGCCCGCUCUUCUUCGAAAAGUAUCCAUUUCCCGUUUUACUGAGAAUACCCAAGAAGUUGGAGAAAAAAUUUCAGGCGCUGGAAAGACCCAAGAACUUUGACAGAAAUCUUUACCAAUUUGUGGCGAAGACCUAUAAACUCAACUCGCGUCAAAUGGUGAAGCUGACGCUUCGUAAGAAACUCUGCUUUUCUCGUGGCAAGUGCGUCGACCUCGAAAAUAUUGGCAAUCUUUGUUGUCCAUUUUGA